AUGGCUCUGGUCCGAAAGUAUGGCAAACCAGAUAUCUUCUUCACAAUGAUGUACAAUCCGAAUUGGGAUGAGAUAAAGAAUGAGCUAUAUCCAGGACAGGAGGCCCAGGACCGUCCAGAUCUCGUGGCUCGGGUGUUCAGGGCAAAGUUGGAGGAGUUGAGGAGGCGGCUGUUUCACAACGAUAUACUUGGCAAGAGGAAGUACAAGAUCACAUGCCCUGAGCAGUAUGACAUGCUUAUCUGUGCAGAGCUACCAAACAAGAAGAAGUUCCCUGAGCUCUACAGGAUGUCUAUGGGUAAGGACAUAAGGUCGUUCCCUCUUCUGCAGAUCGAUGAUGCAUUUGACGAUGCUAGCGGGGUCCCUCGUGAGAUAUUUGAAGAGUCGAGCAUUGAGCCGAAUCUGGACGAUAUCAGACUAGCUGAUAUGCUAAACAAGGAGCAGAAGGCUGCUUACGAUGACAUAAUGUCAACUGUCGACACCGAACAGGGUGGUUUAUUCUUUAUUGAUGGACCUGACGGCACAGGAAAGACUUUUUUACAGAGCACUGCUUGGAACCGUCCCUUCACGAAACAGAGUGGUACCGCCAAGUUGCUGCAAUCCGCGUCUCUUAUCAUUUGGGAUGAGGCGUCAAUGACAAAGAGGCAGGCUGUUGAAGCGCUAGACAACAACAUGCGUGAUAUAAUGGGGCGGCAAGAUCUUCUGUUCGGUGGCAAGACGGUUGUCUUUGGUGGAAAUUUCAGGCAGGUCCUUCCUGUUGUACAGAAAGGAUCCAGGGCGCAGAUUGUUAACAAAGAUGGUGAUGUAUGCCUUCCUGAUGAAAUAUGUGUCCCGUACUCUGGAGAUUCCGAGAAAGAUCUGGACACGUUGAUCGACAGCAUCUUUCCAAACCUCAAUGCAAACAUGACAGACAAGGACUACAUCACCUCCAGAGCCAUUUUAUCAACCCGUAAUGAUUGGGUGGAUGAUAUUAAUUUGAAGAUGAUCAACAAGUUCCAAGGUGGGGAGAUGGUAUACCAUAGUUUUGAUGAAGCGGUGGAUGAUCCGCAUAACUACUAUCCUGAGGAGUUCCUUAGCACAUUGACUCCCAACGGCCUACCUCCCCAUGUCCUAAAGCUCAAGAUCGGAUGUCCGCAUGCCGGGAAGAGGGUUUUCAUUCCUCGGAUAACCUUGUGCCCCUCUGAUGAUGAGAUGUUUCCAUUUCAAUUCAAGAGGAAGCAGUUCCCUAUCAGGCUCAGCUUCGUCAUGACGAUAGUUGCUCAACUAAGUGUGCUUCAAAAUAAUAAAUAUUCAGUUCUUUUGUUCGAAUACAAGUUGAAGACUAGUGUGAUCAGUACUCACCCCUUCCCGCCGCCGCCGCCACCACGCCAGGUCGGAAGCCGCGCCUCCUCGCCACUAACGUUCGCGGUCCUCCUAGGCUUCUCGCCGGUCUUCGUUGCCGUCCCUGAUCCGUUCUCGCUGUCCUGCUCUGGACUCACAGCCCUUGUUUUGCUCGUCGUAGAACCUCUGGUGAUGGCAGGAGCUACGCCCAAGACCUCAUGGUUCUCACUAGACUGGCCGGUGUAUGAGAUUCGUGAGACGUUUUUCUCCUAUCUCGCGGAAAAUCAGUACGCCAAGUUGUCAUCGACUCCAGUGAUCCCCAUCGAUGAUCCCAAGGUGCCCCUCAUACAUACAUGCCUGAACCGGCUCAAGGGGGCCCUUAAUGGCACAGGGAGUCAUCGAACCUGCUUUUCUUUGAGAUGCAUUGUUACCAGUUCUGAUGAUGUGAUUGAACACUUCAGAAGCGACGCAACUUACCAUCGAUUUACAGAAAUCCUCGGGAGUUGGUCUUCUGGGGACUACUUCAAGGAGGAAGCCAUUGGCUUGUUACACAGUCUUCUUAGCAAGAAAUAUGGAUUACCAGAAUCUAUAAUACAUGCCACAUAUUUCAGUGGUGAUACAUCUUCUGGUUUGAGUCCAGACAAUGAAUCAAAAACUGCAUUGCAGAAAUGCAUUGGGGAAGAAAGAAUCUUACCUUCUAUGUCGAAGGAAGAUUUUUGGAUGAGCGGUGAAACUGGUCCCUGUGGGCCAUAUGUUGGAAUUUUCGUUGAUGGUUCAAACAGCCAAGAUGGUGUUAAUGGCAAAUUUAUUGAGAUAUCCAGGACAGUAUUUGUUGAGUUCAAUAGGCAAGCAGAUGGCGUAUUGAGUCCUUUGCAAGCCAAACAUAUCAUAACAGGGAUUAAUCUUCAAUGUUUGGCUGCCAUCCUUCAAAAGAAAGAAAGCCUCUAUGAAUUAGAUGACUAUGAUAACAUAAUUGAUUGCAUCUCUUCUCGUGCUGGUGAAGAAUUUGAUAGCUAUUCGGGUAAAGUUGGUGAAGCUGAUACUGAUGGAGUUGAUACAGCUUACCGCCUCCUUGCAGAUCAUAUGAGAAUGAUUUCUGUUACUAAUGCUCCUGGUUCUCAGCUUGGGCCUGGACAUGAAGGUCGUGAGUAUUUCCUUAAGUGUGCCGACAAACUGGCUGUGCAAUACGGCCACAAAGUACUUGAGAUACUUGAGCAAGAUCGCUAUGCUGUUAUUGUUUUUACAAGUCUCCUUGAUUCUGAUUUAUGUCCCGAGCUCGAAGGGUACAGAAAAAAGGAUCAAAUAGAAGAAGAUGAAGUGAUGAUUUACCUAAAAACUAUAAGGGAGUUGCAGGAUCAGAAUUUGACAUUUGAUAUGGUAAAGAAGAAAAGGAGGAAAGGUGCCACUUCUGUUGUGUGGUAUGCAACAAGAAUUAUUGAAUUUCUUGGUCGGCGCACACCUAUUGUCCUCAAGAAUAAGAAUACACGCUGCUCUCUAGUAGCACUAUGUAAUGUUCUCCUUCUUGGAGAGAAGAUAACUCUCAAUUUAGAUAUCAAGAAGGUGUCUGAGGGCCACCUCAUCUAUCUUGUCCAGAGUUAUCUGUUGUAUGGGAAUACACAAAUGCAGUUGGAACAAAACUUGGAACUAUCAGAGUUCAAUAAACAAGUUCUUGGUGUAUUGCCGAAGCUCCUGGGCAGCUUGUACUUUGAUGUGAAAUUUGCUAGCUCUUGUGGUUUUGAGCAGACCUUAGAAACUGCACUAUUUGGUUGUCUCGGUGUCCCUCUACAUCAUGGUUGGAUGGUUGAUCGCCAGGAUGUGGAGUUGGGCUCCUCCAUACACAGAAGCUCCUACUUCAGACUUGCAGUAACUCUUGCUAUGUAUGAAUCACUUCUACCCGAGCAUCAAAAGUAUGAUGUUGGGUGUAAAGACGACAUGUUCUAUUCUGCGCUUGCAUUCUCUUCAGCUGAACCAGAAGAGCUUACCAGUUGUGCAAGGAUCUCGACUUUUUUGAGGGGCCCUCAGCUAACCCCUUAUGGAUUCUCUUCAUUAAAAAAUGACCUUGAAGAGAGACAGCCCUCUCUCCUACUUUGGAAUGAAACAUUACUUACAGUAUCUAAGGUUGAAGACCAAAUUUAUGUAUUGCUGAAUGAUAUUUCCUUGUUGAGUACUCAUACCGAUGCGGUGUGGGAAAGGUUAAGAGAGGGAAAUGAUGAUGGAUAUUUUGUUGAUUGUAACUUCAUGCCUACAAAUUCAUUGAUUCAAUCAAUACUGCCACUAACAAAAAAUGAAAGAAAGACGUGGAAGAAAAAAGUGGAGAUGGGUCUGAAGGGGCGCUUACUACCCAAGGAGAAAGAGGAGGAUAGGAACGAUGACAAAAAGGAGGAUAGGAACGAGGACAGAGACUAUGAGAAGAAUGAGGAGAAAGAUGAUGAGAAGAAUGAGGAGAAAGACAAUGAGAAGACUGAGGAGAAAGACGAUGGGAAGACCGAGGAGAAAGGUGAUGGGAAGGCUGAGGAGGAAGAUGAGAAUAUACAGGAGAAAGCAAUUAUAUUUGGCAUGCGUGGCAACUUGAAUAUGAGGCCUAUUGAUUUUUUCGGACGAUCUACCCAUAUUAUCCACCAGAUAAAUGAUGGCCCAUGCGCCCUAAUUGCCGUCUGCAAUAUUCUACUGCUCAAGGGGGACAUCUUUUUUGAACGAGAUGAAACUGUGGUUUCAAUGGAUUAUCUACUUAAUCUUGUCUUCACUCUUAUUAGAGAAAGUGCUAAAAUGCAGGCCUAUUCUCCUGAAAUACGAAGACAGAUAUGGGAUGUGGCACCAAAACUGGCCGAAGGGUUUGACAUGAAUGUUGUCUUCAACAGAACAGAUGGGUUUACGGUGACACCAGAAUGGUUGCUUCUGGAUUGCUUGGAUCUCAAUAUUCGGCAUGGUUGGAUUCCCAAUGUGGAUUUGUUGCCCGGACCUGAAGUACCCGAAGUAUCAUAUGAAAGACUUACUCUGAAAUCUCUUGAACCUGAUUGUCCAAAUGCGGAGACGAUCGAGAACUUUUUAAAUGGACAUCAACUUACUCUCAUUGGGUAAAAUAUCUCUAUUUUCCUUUUCCUAUCUGCAGUAUUUUUUUAGUUGGAAACUAUUUGUUGUUUGCCACUUGUUAAUAUUUUAAAUAACCAUAUGCCAAUGCUACUGAUUGGUUUCCCUACUGGAAGACCUUGGUGAGAAUAUUCCAUGCAUUCUGUAUUGCCACUAUCAUUACAGUACUAUAGUUAAGGUGAAAACUCAAUAUUUGUUGUAUUUUA